GAUCGACUUCGGCAUGGCGUGCAGGUUCGAGGAGGGCGAGUGCCUGACCGAGCUGUGCGGCUCGCCGCACUACCUCGCCCCCGAGCUGAUCGGGCAGAGGUACAACCACCUCGCCGACAUCUGGGCCUUCGGGGUUCUGCUGUACCUCAUCAUGUACGGCCACUACCCCUUCGACGCGAAGAGCCCGCGAGACAUCAUGGUCAAGAUCCUCACCGAGCCGGUGCGGUGGCAGACCAAGGCCCCCGGGGAGCCUAGGAGCGGCCUCGAGUUCCUCAGGCGCCUCCUCGAGCACGACCCCCGCAAGCGCGCCAACGUGGAGGAGGCUCUGCAACACUCGUGGAUGCAGCUCGCCAACGUCACCGCCGCCGCGCAGGACGCCGAAGCGCUGCCCGCGGAGGUGAUACGCAACGCCCACAAGAAGGUGACGGCAACCAGGAAGCACGUCGACCGCAAGGUGGAGGAGGUGCGGAACGAGAAGCUGCGGCGGAUCGACGAGGACUUCAGCAGGGGCAUCCGCCGCGGCCAGCGGCUGGGGGAGACGCCCAAGGAGGAGUUCAUGUCGAAGCCCGAGUUCCUGCGCCGCGAGAACAAGAUCACCACCGCGCCCAGCAGUGCUGGGCGGGAGUUCUUCACCUCGCGCCGCGCGUCCCUGAAGCGGCUGCUCGACGGCCACAGGCCGAACAAGGGCGGCGCGGGGCCGAAGCUGGGCGACCUCCAGGCCAUCGACGAGUCCGGGCUGGCCGACGCCGGAGGCGACGGCGCCAGCGCCGAGGACCGCGGCGCUGGCGUGCUGCCCACGCCCAGCAUCCGGCCCCAGGGCGGCGGGAAGCAGUGGCGCUCCCAGUCGGUGUCCGCCGGCUCCUCGCCCAAGAGGC